GGGAUGGUCAAAAAAAAUUUUUUUUGUUUCGAAUAAAUGAAUUAUAUUAUGAACUAAUCGGUUAUAAUUUUCAUCUUAUCAACGUCGUACUAUAUACCACACUACAUUAUCAUCAUCAUCAUUGUAAUAGUAAAUGAAAUUCAACAAAAACAACAAAACACAUUGAUAUCGAAAUUUGAAAACAAUGAUAACUGGUGGUGGUAACGGUAAUGGUAGUAAUCUUGGGGGCUGUGGUAGUGGUGUAACAUCAUCAUCAUCGGGUAGAUCCACCCCAUAUGAUUCAGUAGCAACAAAUAGUAUUAUUUCACAGAAUAUGAUGAUGAUGAUGACAGCAACGGCGACAUCGCAACAUUUGAACACACCGAUUACAACAUCUUCUUCAUCAUCAUCAUCGGCUAUAAGAUUUGAAGAUAAACCACCGGCACCACCGGUACGAUUAGCAUCAGCUCGUGAUCAUAAUUCCAUCGUACCAAUCAUACCAUUGAAUCAAGUUAAUAAUAAUAACGGAAGUAAUAAUAAUCUAAACAACAAUAAUAAUAAUCACGAUUAUAUUACGAAUAAUCACAAUAAUAAUAACAAUAUACCAUUGGAUAUGCGACCAUUACCAAAAGUUCCAUCCGAAGAGGAUAAUAUUGGUGGUGGUAAAGAAGGAAAGAAAAUUUCGGCAUUUAAAAAAUCAAAACUUCGAAGUUCAAUGAAAAAAUCUUCAUCAAAUGAAUCUACAACGGCAAAUAACAACAACAAUAAUAAUAAUAAUAAUAACGCUAAUAAUAAUUCUGGUUCGAAAUCAAAUGGAUCAUCUGCAAGAAAUUCAUCGGAAGCUGAUCGUGGUUCCGGUGGUAGUACAAAUGGUACAUUUACAAUUAGUGGUGUUGGAUUUUUUAGCCGUAAUAAAUCAUCAUCAUCAUCAACAACAGCAGCAGCAACAACAACAUCUGAGCAUCAUUCAUCGGAAAGUGGCGGUGGUGGUGGUAAACCAAUCAUAUCACCACCAACAAAUUUCGAACAUACAUUACAUGUUGGUUUCGAUCCGAAUACUGGUGAAUUUACUGGUAUGCCAAAAAAUUGGUAUGUUAUGUUGAAAAAUUCCAAUAUUUCAAAAUUGGAACAAAAGAAAAAUCCACAAGCUGUGAUCGAAGUGCUCAAAUGGUAUGAAGAAUCAACAAAAAAAGAUAUUAUGGAAAAGGGAUUUAAAUAUAUGACAAUGGAUACAGAAUCAACAUCACAUUCCUCAUCGGAUAAAUCAUCAAUAUCUGGAUCACAUCAUCAUAUAAAUAGUUUUUUACAUCAUGGCCAUCAUACACAUCAUGGACAUCCACAUCAUCAUUAUAAUGAAUUAUUAUUAUCUGGUUCACAGCCAACACUUUCAAGCCAUCAUUAUAAUAAUAAUAAUAAUCAUUAUCAUGGUGGUGGAUAUCAUCCAAGCCAUCAUCAUCAUAUACAUCUUUCAACAUCACAAACACAACAACAACAAGGGUCAUCAUUGUAUCAACAUCGACCAUCACCAGCAUUACCUCCACCAACGCCUCAAACUAAAUUAAAUAAUUCCGGUCUACCACCGACACCACCAAGAGCACCUGGAACAAAACUUGGAUCAUCAUCAACGACCGUACAACAGCAGCAGCAACAACAGCAUCCGAUAACUGGUAUAAUAUCAUCAUCAACAUCAUCGUCAUUAUCGACAUUUUCAACUUUAACAACAACCACCAGCCCUACCGGUGGUUCGACUAGUCCAACAGCAACAUCAUCAUCAUCAGAUGAUAUACAUUGUACAACAGCAACCGGACAAACAUCAGCAUGUAGCCUUUUAACAUCGGCAACAAAUUCAUCAACAUUGGCCGGUAGUGGCUUAGGGGUGGUAACCACCACCACUGGAAUCGACAAUAAUAAUGUAACCAUAAUUGGAUCAAUUUUAUCAUCAUCUGGUUCCGGUUCAAUAUCAAGUUCAUCAUCGAUGAAUUGUUUUUCAUCAGCAAGUGGUGGUGGUGGUGGACCAGCAUUGAAAUUAUCGAAUAGUGGCAAUAGUAUUGGUAGUAAUGGUAGUGGUGUCGGCUCUGCUGCUUUGCCAUCGUUAACCGAAACAAUAUCACCAUCUUCAUCAUCAAUGUUGAAGAAAUUACAAUCAAUAGAUUUGAAUCAAAAUGAAUCAAUUAUCAACAUAAAUAAUAAUAAGUCAUCAUCAUCGAUACCGCCGCCAAUUAAUCCUAGACCAGAAAAAACAAAAUCCAUUUAUACGAAACCAAUUUCACCACGUGAUAUUCUUAAUAAUAAUAAUAAUAAUUCGAAUCAAAACAUGACAAUCGCUCAAUCAGCGGCAUUUGCCAAAACGAUUCUGAUGAUGAAUCCUGGUCAACUUCAACAACAGCAGCAACAUUCUCAUAAUAAUAAUAAUAAUAAUAAUGUCCAAUCAUCAAUGUUACCACCACCGACACCACUAUUGAAACCACGUGUGCCUAAACCGAAUCAAAUCGCUGCAAAUAAAAUGUCUGAUGACGAGAUUUUAGAACGAUUACGAUCAAUAGUUACUAUCGGUGAUCCACAUCGAAAAUUUACUAAAAUGGAACGUAUUGGACAAGGGGCAAGUGGUGUUGUAUAUACGGCCAUUGAAAUUAGUACCGGAAUGCAAGUAGCUAUUAAACAGAUGAAUCUAUCACAACAGCCAAAAAAAGAAUUGAUUGUCAAUGAAAUACUUGUGAUGCGUGAGAAUAAACAUCCAAAUGUAGUGAAUUAUCUGGAUUCAUAUCUAGUGGGCGAAGAAUUAUGGGUAGUAAUGGAAUAUCUAAGCGGUGGAUCAUUAACCGAUGUGGUUACUGAAACCUGUAUGGAAGAAGGUCAGAUUGCUGCCGUUUGUCGUGAAGUAUUGCAAGCAUUGGAAUUUCUUCACUAUAAUCAUGUUAUACAUCGUGAUAUAAAAUCCGAUAACAUAUUGUUAGGCCUUGAUGGAUCAGUAAAAUUGACUGAUUUUGGUUUCUGUGCACAAAUAUCACCCGAACAAAAUAAACGUACAACAAUGGUCGGUACGCCAUAUUGGAUGGCACCGGAAGUUGUUACACGUAAACAAUAUGGACCAAAAAUUGAUAUAUGGUCACUGGGUAUAAUGGCCAUCGAAAUGAUUGAAGGUGAACCACCAUAUAUGAACGAAAGUGAUCCAUUACGGGCUAUUUAUCUGAUCGCAACAAAUGGAAAGCCGGAAAUUAAAGAGAAAGAAAAAUUAUCGCUUUUAUUUCAAGAUUUCCUGGACAAGUGCCUUGAGUGUGAUGUUGAAAAACGAUGGUCAGCAUCUGAAUUACUAAAACAUCCAUUCUUGAAGACAUCAAGUCCGUUAUCAACAUUAAAUCCAUUAAUAUUAGCAGCAAGAGAAGCAGCACGUACUCAUUGACUAGAUGUAUCUGGAGAAAAAUUUCCUAAUCAUUGACAAUUUUUUUUAUAUGCGUGUUUGUGUAGCAUGAUGUGAUGUAAUAUUCUAUUCUAUCUAUCCAACAUUUAAGAUAUUGAAUUUUCAAAUCUUUUUUUUCUCUAAACGGCUCUUCCGUCACGUUAUAUUAAGAAUCGACGUGAUUAUAUAUUAA